GAAUUGAAUCACCAGAAAAAGUUCAAAAAAUACUGCUUUGGGCCUUAGAUUCGAUGACAAGUACAAGAGCCGGGGAAAGCGACAGUGGUGCAAUGAUCUUUCGAUUGGUGUUUGCAAAAUAUGUGGUUGGACUGAGAUAUGAAUUAAAUGUGGAAUUGGAGAGUAACAACUUAUCUGAUGACUCAAAUAUCCCUUCUGUUGCCUUCACGAGAAAACUAUUGGCUCUUUUAAACAGGCAAAUUAACGUUGCUUCUGAUAAUCUGCUUCUGGCUUCUCAAAAACACCCCAUGCAUGGGACUCUUAUUUCAUUGCAAUACAUUUUCCGAGAAUUAGAUUAUAAUUCAGAAUCUGUAAAAGCGAAUUGGAAUGAAUGGCGCGAAACUCAUGAUCGUGCAAUUGAACUAAUCAACAAGGUCUGUGAAGUAGUUUUGGAGGUACUAUCAAAUCCAUCACCAGAAGGAAAUGUCCCAGCUUCAUUUCAAGAAAUGGACGAAUUUAUUAAUGAAUUGGUCGUGAACUCUGGGGGCGUUGGUAAUGAUGAAAGUGAAGGACCUAAUCAUCAAGUGAUAUUAAGCUUCUGUUGGAGAGCCGUGAAAGAAGCAAGCACACUUCUUGCCGUAGUUCUUUCGAGGGCGCCUGCUUCUCCGGAAAUUGGAAAUAAAAAGGGUAUGUUGGAUCUUCAAGGAAUUCGUAACGGCGGUUCUUUAUUCAGAAAAUUGCUGACAUCGAUUCGGCAUAGAGGGGCAUUUUCGGCUGUAUAUCCGGGUUACGUAUCUCUGUGCUCUCGAUUGUUGAACUCUCGUCAAGAACAAUUCGUUGAAUUGCCUAAAAUAUGGCUUGAGGAAAACAUUGAUAGUAUAAUGGGGAAUUCUAUAUCAAUCACGCGUAGAAGUGCUGGUCUCCCUCUUUGUAUAUUAGCAAUUGUAAGUAGCGAACCCAGUAAUUGCAAGGUACUUCUUUCCUGGACCAUGAAAAAGUUAAUAGAAAUCGGUUUGGAAGCUCCUGUCGAUGUCGAUCAAACGAUCGAUCUACCUCAGGUACACGCAUUUAACAUACUACGAACUAUAUUUAUGGAUGCGACACUGGGAAAAGACGUGUUAUCUUAUGUGUCUGACGGAUUUGUGUUGGCCAUUAAAGGAUUUUCCUCUUCCAGUUGGGCAGUGAGAAAUUGUUCUGUUAUGCUAUUUUCUACUCUAUUGCAAAGAACUUUUGGAACGAAAAAGACAAAAGAUGAACAUCACUCAAUAAAUAAACUGACUGGUCGAGAGUUCUUUUCAAGAUUUCCGCAACUACAUCCUUUCUUGUUGGAAGAACUUGGAGUGGCCGUAGAUCAACUUAUUAAUCCCAUAGCGGAUAACCUAGAGGUUCACCCUGGUCUAUACCCUAUCCUCACCUUAUUGUCUCGUUUUCAUCCAUCACUAGUGGAAGGAAAAAAUUCUGUGCUGAACAUGAGUCCUUUUGUAUCACUUGUUUUAUCUUGCUCGUCUUCGCCUAUUUAUAGG